GGCAUUACAAAACUAAAAUGUGUUGCGUAGGAAACCAGAGAGGAAAAUUGCAGUCAAAGGAGCAAUACAAGUAAGUAAAGCCGGUCUGAACAAAUUAGUUUAUUGGCUUGAUUUGAAAUAGCCCAGUGUCAGACUUUCUGACUAUCAUAUAUUUUAUAUCAUUAUUACUUGUCUUUUUUUUAUUAUUAUUUUUAUUCGUGGUUGUAAAGUAUCAGACAAUGAACAAGAAAUAAGUUUUUAUGUAUAGCACUAUACUGACAAAUGGUAUCUUAUCCUUUCAUUAUCUGUUCUGUAGGAAGGAGGAAUAACAACCGAGUAGGUACAGCGUCCGUGACGUCAUUUUGGCCCAAAAAAGACUUUUCCCGUUGAUUUACAGUGGGGCCGUCUGUAUAUCAGUGUAGGCUAUCGUUUAUUUUUAGCUAAAAAACUAUCCAGCAAGAACAAUUUUAUAAACCUUAUUUAAAUCAGUAGGGUCGCAAUAUUCGCAAUAUUAGGGUCGCAAUAUUAGGGUCGCAAUAUUCGCAUCGCGUCCGGUGUGAACGCAGCAUUAGAGUGUAAAAUGUUGUUAAAGCAACUCAUCAUCAAAGUGCCUGAAAAGACAAGAUCAGGGGAAAAAACUUACAACGAUUCUGAUUGGCUCCCAUCUUCUAUCACAUGACUCACAGCGCAUGCGCUGAUCUACUGGGCGGUUUUAUGUUUGGGUUUGAAAGUUUAUAUAAACAGUCUAUGGUUUGAAAUCAGCUGUGUUUUUCACCGUUCAUUUGAAUGAUCUAAUUUCGUAGUGUGAUCAAAUAUUGAUACAUUUUCGAUAUCUAAUCACAAACAUGUGUUGGAGGCGAAGUCUACGGCUGGUUUACGUUUGAUAACGGUUAUUUAUUUCACUCGGACAUCUGUACAUUUGAUAUAGCUAGUGAUGUUGCCUAUGAGGACAAUGGCCUCUUUAAAGCCGUCCAAGCUGACUUCAGCUACUGUUACGGCAUCAAAGAUCAAACACAAGAUCCUCAACUCCUCCUCCUUCUUCAAGAUCUCUUUGAAGACCAACAACAAGGCCUUAGCUGUUGCUUUGGAGGUCCAGAAGGAGAGGAGCCGGGAGCUGGAGAUGUACGUUAUGCACUAUCAGAAACAGGUGGAGGCACUCUGCUUCGAGCUGGCCACCAAGAAAUACAAGCAAAGGAAACUGCUCCUCAUCUUGGACACCCUCCGUAGCAACACUCUGGAGCACUUGGACAUGGUGGAUGAGCUGUUCUCUGAUGGCGAUAAAGUUCCUGAGGACAACAAGACCUUAUCUUGUGGCAUCAACAACGAGAAUCUUUUUGUGGAAAGUCCAACAGAUGAGCAGCCAUCUCACCCAGAAAUGGCACAGCCUAUGUUGUGUCCCUUCCAAAAAGAACCAGCAGAUUUACCCGAAAAGAAACCCAUUUCAAACGUCGCUAAUAUCCUGAACAGACCAAUAAAGUCCACAGAUACUUUCAAUGAUAUAAGAGAUACAGAGAAAAGGCAUUCAAGCCAGCUUCUACAGAUUCCCCAGAGAGGAAAAUCCCGUCCGUCCAGCAGCCUGACGGAAGGAGUAGAGAGGCUGUCAAUCAGGUUCUCACAACCUGGAAUGAAUAUGAAGUCAAUCCCCUGUUUACAAAAAACCCAACCCCCCUCAGCUGUAAGCACAUGUGAAAAACCCAACCCAUCUCUUCCUGAUGACGUUCCCCUUGAACAAGAUUCCAAACAAGAGAAGACUGUGCUUCUGAAUACAUCAAUGGAAAUGACAGUGAGUGAUUCUGCAGAGAUAGUCGUUGUGGAAACCAAGGCUAAGAGAAAAGCCCGCUCUGAAAAGCCAAAAGCCAAGAAGGAUAAGGAACAAGCCUUUGUGUCAAGUGUGGCAGAAAAUCCAAAAGUGAAGAUCUCAGCAGAUUUGAAGCGGAGUGAAGUUCAGAGUUCUCCCACUGGGACUUUGUUACAGACAGAAGGCCCUGCACUACAUGAUGUAAUAGAACCUGAUAAUAUUGAGCUACCGUUACCCAAAACACUGGGUGGGAGUGGCAAUACCUCGCGCAUUCCCAGACCGAACACGUUUGGACCUGGAAACCAUAAGAAAAUGGUAAAGAACAAACAGAAAUCCCAUGACCCUGAGUCAAAAACAGAUUCAAAUGGAAUUGGCGUAUUGGAUCUGGAUGAUUAUUUCACAGAUCCUGAUUUUGAAAACUCAAAAGUCUGCAAAAUUGUACCAGUAAAGGAAACAGCUGAAAUAGAAAGAAGGUCCAGAGUCACAUGCAGGAGGUCUAGGGUUAAAAGCAGGAGCGGCUCCUCGGCCAAAAGGAAAACAUUUGUGGCUUUUCCUCUGCUACCGUGUGAAAGUGAGAGCGAGAGCAAUCAGUCCACAUUGCAACAGGCUCACAUAGAAGUUGAAGAAGAACGUCACGGAAAAUAUGAAGCAUGCAACGAGCAAGAACCACCUGAGGAGUUCCCGUUUUGUGCAGAUGAAGUCACCCGAUCAGAGUUCUCUGAACCGCAGUGCAAAAUGAGGAGAAUAACCCAGCGAGCGAAAUGCAGGGGGACAUUCGUUGUCUCAGUGGCCAGGGAAAGCAUCUUCUCUAUCGGAGCGUCACCAGAAGUCAGUGCCCUAGAGCAGGACUUAAUGCCUUCUACUGAAACCUCCACUUGUGGGACGGAAGAACCGGCAACAGUCAUGGAUGCCUGCGUUGGUCUAAAUCAUUCAGAAUCAAACCAGCACAGCGAAGGAGACCUUAUCAAGGAAACGCCAAGCUCCUGUAAGCAUCCAUGGCGGGCCACUAUGGACAGAGAAGCCCUUCAAGAGGAUUUCAGUUGCAAUGAUGACCUCGAGGUACUGGCGCUGGACCAAGAGCCUUCUUCAGCAUCAGAGGUUCAGAUAUCUAAAAAAGCCAGGAGAGAGGGAAAGAGUAAAUCUACUAAGAAGAAAGUUCAAAGGGGAAAGCGUGUAGAUAAUUUAAGUAACAGAAAGAAGAAAGACAAAAGAAUUAGCUUCCAAAAUGAAGUGUGUUAUCUUGGGGACGGCGGGGAUGCCUCACAUCAUCGUGGCGUUGAAAAAGUAGAACGUCAUGGAAAAUAUGAAGCAUGCAACGAGCAAGAACCACCUGAGGAGUUCCCGUUUUGUGCAGAUGAAGUCGCCCGAUCAGAGUUCUCUGAACCGCAGUGCGAAAUAAAGAGAAUAACUCAGCGAGCGAAAUGCAGAGGGACAUUCAUGGUCUCAGUGGCCAGGGAAUGCAUCGUCUCUAUCGGAGCGUCACCAGAAGUCAGUGCCCUAGAGCAGGACUUAAUGCCUUCUACUGAAACCUCCCCUUGUGGGACGGAAGAACCGGCAACUGUCAUGGAUGCCUCACCUCACCGUGGCGAUGGCGUUCCUGAGAGAAAUGAGGAACAACUAGACGAUUUACAAAUGGCAGACUUGCAUCCUCACAUAAAUGAGGACGAUGAAAGCUUUGGCGAUUUAUUUGAUUCAAAGUCCGGGAUGGCAAAGACUCCUAACUGGUGUAGAAGGACAUCCACGGCAGCACAGACAUCCACAGGAGGCAGAAAGCCAAUGGAGACAUUGGUCGUCUACAGGCGGAAAACUCAAGACAUUGUUACAUUAAAGAACAAGAGGACCACUCAUGUGUUAAACAAUCUGGACACCAGGGAGGAGGCGGUUCGUCAGGAUGUGGGAAACCUGCUGAUGGACGAGAUGCCGCCAUGGAUGGGUGUAAAUGUCCUUGAUGACACCAAGAUCGACUCUUUACUGGCUACUCCCAGGAGGAAGACAUCUGUCCGAGCGGCCAAAGAGUCCCCUGCCGUCACAGCUAAACCCUCACCAGGUUGGAGUUUCCUUUUAGUUCCUGCUUCUUCAACAACAACCAUGCCUCUCCAGUACCAGGUUAGCUCUGAGUGUUGA